AUGACCGAAGGAUUUUGGCGCGGCGGCGACCGCGUUGAGGUGUUGCGACUCGUUUCCGGCGCGGCGGUUUAUUUCCCGGCGAGUGUGGUUAAUGCGUCGUCUAUGAGAAAGAAUCUCGUCUGGGUAGAGCACGAAUCCCUAAUGGUCGGAGGCUCCAAACGCAUGAAGGAGUACGUGCACCCCACGCGCAUCCGCCCAUCUCCGCCGCCUUUCGAAAUCAGCCGAAGCUUCGUGGCCGGAGACGAGGUCGACGUCUUCAUAGACAGCGAAGGUUUCUGGGUUAGAGGCAAAGUGACGGCGAAUCUCGGAAACUCAAAGUACAUUGUUAGGGUUAAAGGCGGAGAUGGUACGGAGACGGAGGCUAAUCGCUUAAACCUGAGGCUACAUCGUGAGUGGGAAGAAGGAAACUGGGUUCCAUCUCUUGAAUCGAAGACCAAAACUAUCAAACUGAAGAUAAAAUUCAGAAGGAGAUACGAAUUUGAAAAGGGUUCUAUAGUGGAAGUCAGAAGCAAAGAAGAAACUUUCAAUGGUUCUUGGUUCUGUGCUCGUAUAGUUAGUUCAUUGGGUGAUGAUAGGUACAUUGUUGAACACUUGAGAUUCAAAAGAGAUGGAGAUGAUUCAACCCCUCUGAGAGAUUUAGUACAAGGCAAGAACAUGAGACCUGUUCCUCCUCUAGUACAAGGCAAGAACUAUGAGCCAGGGGAAGAAGUUGAUGCUUGGUUCAACCAACGUUGGUGGGUCGGUAGGGUUUCAACAGUGGUCGAAAGAGGUUCUAAGUUUUUGGUUUACUUCAUCUCCUCUGGUGAAGAACCGACGAUCCCACAUUUCAAUCUGAGGCCUCACAAAGAGUGGAUCAAUGGACAAUGGACUAGUCCUAACAAGGAAGAUCCUCCACUAAAGAAGCGGAAACCUUGUGAGAGAGCAGAGAAAGUGUUUAACAAACAAUGGAGUAGUAGUAGUCUUUACAAGGAAGAUCCUCCAUUAAAGAAGCUAAAACGUUGUGAAAUAGAAGAGAAAGUGUUUAGCAAUGGAACGAUGGUUGAAGUUAGAAGCGAUGAGCAAGGCUACGAAGGCUCAUGGUACACUGCGAAGAUCAUAAGCUACUUGGGGGAAAACAGAUACAGAGUUGAGUAUCAAACGCUUACAACAGAGGAUCUUAAAGAGUUGUUGAAAGAAGAAGCAAGAGGUUCGGACAUAAGACCUAAUCCUCCUCAAAGUGCUUGUGAUCGAUAUGAGCUGAAUCAACCUGUGGAUGCUUGGUAUAACGAUGGAUGGUGGUCUGGUCGAGUCUAUAAGAUAAACAGCGACUACACAAGAUAUGUUGUCUACUUCGAAACGACUGAUGAGAGAUUUGUGUUUGGUUACAACGACAUAAGGCCUUGCCAUGUCUGGAGUAAAGGAAAAUGGAGUCGUGCCUAA